AUGUUGAAAACACUAAGGGGUGUGCGAUUUUAUUCUGGGCGGCCUGUGCCGUCGAAACUGGCCACUGCGCGGCCCGACGCGCGGCUGCUGAACGACCGGCUGAAGAAGGAGCAGGACCUGCGUCGCGAGCGCAACAAGCUCGCCCUGUCGUCGCUCAAAGACAUAUUUGCCAUAUUCUCGCCAACUGCGGGCGACGACGACGAGCUCGACACGUCCAAUUUCGACCCCGCGCCCGUGUACGCGAACCCGCCGUCGUAUCUGGAGCUGUCGCUGCCAAAACAGCAGUUCAUCGUCGACGAGCUCGACGACAAGUUCCGACGUCAUUGGAAAAACGUCGAUCCCAGCCUCAAACGGUUUGCGUACUGGCUCGCGUACGGCUCGUACGGACCGCGUGCCGGGUUCGACAACCCCCAGCUGACCGCCCCGCCAGACCUGCCGUUCGUGCUCCCGUCCGCGGUGAAAACAGCACACCCAGCGAAAACAACCACAAUUACACAGCUGCCGGCUCGGAACCCGCAACUGUUUGGCGAAAAACGCACCCAGCAGGCGCAAAAGGACAAAAAACUCAACCCGUACAACCAGUUUGUGCUCGCACUCGUCCUCCUACUGUCUGUGCUCAACUACCUCAAAGACAAGAAGAUCAACGACUCGGGCACGCCGCCAGACUACGGCUACUUGCAGGGCAACCAGCUGGUCCAAAUGGACGAGCUGAGCAAGAAACUCGCCGCGGCCGUGGCCGUGCAGCCCGUGCCACCACCGCCCAAAAAAUGGUACUAUCUGUACAUGAAGUAA